AUGCGGUCAAGCUUCGACGUUGCUGAUAGACGGGCUAUCAAUCAUCUAUGGAACUUAGUAGUCGAGAAGCUACUCGAGUUCGCAAGUAGGCGUCACGAACUGUCAGAACUCGAGGAGAAAUAUGUCCGGUAUUGGAAAGAGUGGUUACGCAAAUAUCAGUCAUUAGAGGGCCCAAAUUACCAUGCCAAGGGGUAUGCUUGGAGACAUAUCAACGACGCAGCAAAUGUCGACCAUGGCCUCGCUUUGCUGAUAAUAAUA